AUGAAUUUAAUGUGGGAGAGGAGGCGGACGCAGGCGACUAUACUGACAGUGCUUGUGGCAGGAGUUACUCUGUGGUGGACCUACCGUCACAGACAGGCUUCGAAGGGAGUGGAAGUGAAGGCAAAGGUUUCGGAUGGUGGCACAGACAACAGCACUGGAGAUGUGCCAGAAAAUGCUCCACACGGAUGCCCGGGAGUGGAGUCUGCAGAGGCAGGGCACGGCGACGCCUGCCAAGGUUGUCCGAAUAGAGCGAUAUGUGCUAGCGGACAAGCUAACGAGCCAAACCCAGAUGUAAAGGUGAUCGCGGAGAAAUUGGCCGAUAUCAAGAACAUCAUAUUGGUAUUGUCUGGCAAAGGUGGUGUCGGUAAAUCGACGGUCUCGUCGCAAGUCGCCUGGGAACUGGAGUCCCGUGGUCUGGCGGUGGGUAUUUUGGACAUUGAUAUUUGUGGACCCUCGAUCCCGAGAAUGACGGGCACAAUAGGCGAGGAGGUCCGUCCGUAUUCAGGGGGAUGGAUUCCGGUUGUGAAGUCCGAAAAUUUGCUGGUAAUAUCAGUAGGCUAUUUAUUGCCAGAGGAUGAUGGUGCAGUGAUUUGGAGAGGACCGAAAAAAAACGGUCUGAUCAAACAGUUCCUUUCUGAUGUAUAUUGGGGUAGCUUGGAUUACCUAAUUGUGGAUACGCCCCCUGGGACGAGUGAUGAGCACUUAAGUAUUGUCACAUAUCUGAAGGAUGCGGGUAUUACUGGAAGCAUCAUUGUGACAACACCGCAAGAGAUUUCAUUGCAAGACGUAAGGAAAGAGAUCAACUUCUGCAAACAGACGCAAGUACCUAUUCUGGGAGUAGUCAACAACAUGGCCAACAGCUUUUUCAGUGAAAUCGACCCCGAAGGCACGUCCCGAAUGUGCGAGAAGAUGCAGGUACCCUACGCUGGCUCCAUUGAUCUUGACAAACAACUACUCAGAGCAACCGAGGAAGGCAGAAAGGUAGAGUCAGACUCCAACGCUUCCAGACAGAUCAAGGAAGUCAUCGACUCGUGUCUAAGCCAUAUCCGACCCCGUAGCUAA